CCCCUCCGGAGGGGAGCGCGGGCAGCUGGGGGCCGCGCCGCCGCCCCCGCGAUGUUCAACCGCGCCGUCAGCAGGCUCAGCAGGAAGCGCCCGCCGUCAGAGAUAAAUGACAGCGAGGGUCACCCAAGCAGCAGCCAGCAAACCUUGAAAGGAACCUCCAAAUGGGCUACAUCUCUGGAGAACCUCCUCGAAGAUCCAGAAGGAGUGAAACGAUUUAGGGAGUUUUUAAAGAAAGAAUUUAGUGAAGAAAAUGUUUUGUUCUGGCUAGCAUGUGAAGAAUUUAAGAAAACACAGGGAAAAAAACAGAUGCAAGAAAAAGCUAAAGAAAUUUACAUGACUUUCCUGUCCAGUAAAGCUUCCUCCCAAGUGAAUGUUGAAGGCCAGUCCCGUUUGAAUGAGACCAUUUUGGAGACACCUCACCCUCUCAUGUUUCAGAAGCUCCAGGACCAGAUCUUCAAUCUCAUGAAAUACGACAGCUACAGCCGCUUCCUGAAGUCAGACAUAUUCCUAAACCAUAAGAAAUCCGAGGAGCAAGAGGAGAAUUCAUCAGAGGCUCAGACUGCAGCUAAAAGAGCAUCGAGAAUUUACAACACAUGAUACAAUGAAUCUCUUCAGGAGAGGCAGUACAAUUACUGAAUUACACUCAGGAACAGUUAAGGUUUAUAGCAGUUGCAUUUAGGGCUUGAAAAGCUCAAAACCUUUUUAGGAGAUACUUACUUUCUUAAUUGCUUGAACAACUAAUUGUUUUUUGCAUGAUAGCUAAUAACCAAGCACCCAGGGAAAGACUGUUUCCUAGUUAAAAGGCUGAAGUAAUCUUCCAUAGCAUGAAUUGCAUUUCAUAUUUCACAAGUUAAAGUGCUUUCAAUUUUUGUAUUUUCUUGUGUGAGGCAUCAUGAUGAUGAGAAAUGGGAGACAGGAUGGUUGUUUUUUUUACUUUUGCCUUGUAAUUUUUAUUUGUGACCAGCUUUUACGUUCUGGAUUGCUGGGAGAAGCCAUUACUUUGUGGAUGAGUAACUCAUAGCAAACUUAGUCAUGAGGGGAUAGAAUCUUUCAGGGUUAGCCUCAGUAGAAUCCAACCCCUUCCUGUGUAACAUUGUUCGUUCCCGGUGAUGUCUGUUUUGCUUUGUCUUUAUUGUUGAAUCAAAACACUUCUGUAGUCAUGACUUUCAUUUCUGUAUUUCUUAAAUUUCCCCUGUGUUUUUGCAGUAGACAAUCAUGUUCUUCAGAAGAUGGAAUGACUUGCAUUCCCUUGGGAACAAAAGCUCUAAGAUAGACAGAAUCUCUGAAGAACUUCUAAGAGCCAUUAGGAAAUAUCCCACUCAGGGCACACAACUUUCAGCAAAGCUUGACCUGGGCAUGUCCUGCAUGUCAGCAAAAUAUCAGCAUCAGGUGCUGGCACUGGGAGGCAUCUGAUUUCCCUAGGUCUCCUGGGCAAUCCUGCCCUGUGGGGCAAGAACACUUUGGCAAAGGACCAACCAACAAAGUCUGGCUUUGUUUUACUAAAAUCUUUCUACUAAAAUCAUCCUGCCUAAUGUUGUUUGCCCAGAGAAGUAUCUCAGGGUUUCUUAAUCCUAACUUUUGAUAGCUGCAAUGGAACAGGUGGUUGAUGUGAUUUAGCCAUUCUCACAUCAAGCUUGAGAGGAAGGGGAAUUUAUUUCUGCCCAGAGCAAUCAGAUGUCAGGGAGGUCAAGGAAGACGCUCCCAAUGAGCUUUCCAUAUCAUCCUGGGACUGUGUCAGAGCUGCAAAGCACAUUUUGGUGUACAAUUUUUCCUGUGUUCAUAUAGUUUUGAAUUAAUUCACUGCUGUCUUACUAAAUUGCAGUUGAAGAUGGGAAAGCAUAUUGGCUCCAUGGUCUAUUUCCAAGCUUUGCAGUGUGUAGUCUGGCUGUUUCACAUGCUCUCAUUAUUUACUCUUUCAUUUUGUGCACUGCUUUUCUUGAACAUCUGUUUAUGUGCUGUCUAAUCUAAAUGCACAGUUAGCUUUUGAUCAUUUUAUAGUUCUUUUUUUGUCAGAAAGGCCAGAUGUGUUUCAUGCAUUACUGUCACUAUCAACAUUUUUAAAACAAAGUCUAGACUGUAAUUUUUGAGGAUGCAGACUCACUUGGUAGACUUGAUUAGUUCUUUUAACUCUGAGCCACUCUUGCAGAUAAUGUGUAAAGGAUAUGGUUUCCAUGGGCUCCUCCCUAAUUAGAUGGAAGUGUAGGAAGAGGAGUUCUGAUUCUUCCCCCUGAAUGGCCUGUUAAUUUAUGGAAAAUCAAAGAAGAGGUCAGUGCCUCCAUGUGCACGUUUUAAGGUCUAAUUCUUAUGCACUGCGUUCAUUUUCCUUUUAUGCUCUCAAAAGAUUUAAUGGUGAAGUCAUAAUCUUGCUCCAGGCACUUUCAGUGCUAUUUGACCUCAUGCUUGAGUUGCAUUUAAAUGUUUUGCUGAAAAGGAUGAAGUAAGCACGUGCAUGAAUCCUUCUGUUGUGCUGGGAAAUAGGACCAUCCAGGUCUGGACUUGCCAACUCUUUGUAAUCUCAGGAUUGCCUCAUUUGAAAAUUCACUCUAAUAAUGAACUCUUAAUGUCUGCCACAGCAGAGGAUGGAACUUCUGAUACCACUGAGGUCCUUGGGAGCGGGCUACUUAAACACAUUGAAGAGGUGGGAUUUCUUUCCAGUUAAUGCAGCAGAAGUCUUAGUGAUACAGGAAAAAUGCAGGAUGGGGACCUUCAUGGGAGAAAUGCAGAAUGAGCUCUUACCACAUUCAUCACAUGGAUGCACAGUAGGUUCAUUUUGAAUCAUAUUGAUUUUAAAAAUGCAUCAUUAAGGGAAAAGGGUCUUUGACUAUUGUGUUUUAAAAUGAUAAUAACAAAAAAUUAAACCAGAAGCUCUAUGGGUAAGGGUAGGGCAUUAAAGAGAGAAGAUACUCAUUUGUAGCUGCUUAUAAACAAAGUUUUCUUUGGCAAUAUGCUCCCUGCCAGGUACUGUAUCAUUUGCUUCUUAAGAGAUGUGCCAUAGGAGUAGACAAAAGGUGCUUUACACUUCUGCCACCCAAAAGUUUAUCAAAUGGAAAUGCAUUUUUAGCAGCAUCUCAGUGCCUAUGAUGUUUGUUUCAAUCCCUGUGAUGUUUCUAAGGUUAUCUGCCUAAAUGCAAAAAAUUCUUAAUCUUUGAAUAGCUCUUUUGCCUCAGCAGGAAAAUUUUCAUUGCUCCUUUGUCUGUUUUGUUUGUAGCAUCUGGUUUUGGUUUGUUUUUAGAAGAAAAUCAACAACUGGCAAGGUACAGAAAUCAAAGGUGUUUUCCCCCCCAUCCAUUAGAUUAUUUCUAUUUUCCAGUAAAAGAGCAAUCAAACCAUGUAAGCAGAUGUCAUUGCAGCAUGUUUGUAAGUGGAGAAGGUUGUUUUGCUUCUGUUGAUCUUGUCACUGAUCAAACUUACUUUGUGAAGGAUGUGACAUUUUCUCUAUGUGGCAUAGAACAAAUCGCACAGAGUAAGAACUGAGUCUCCCUCUAAGUAAAUCCUGCAUUCCAGGAACAGCUGUAAACGUUGCAUUGAACCUCGGGCUGUAAGUGGAUACUUAGAGUUGCUUUAGUUAGAGAUUAAAGAUAGGAUCUACUCCUUUUCAUAGAACUUACACUGAAGAUAGGAGCACAAAAAGCAAAACAAGUUUCAUGCCUGAUUGCAUGCCUUAAGCUCUACCCUAGUGUGUGUUUCUGAGCUAAAAAUUAAAAUAUUCUACAAAUACA